CAUUCUGGGUAAUGUGGCUUCUGCCACGUUGGUUCGUAUGUGGUGUAUUUCUGAAAAUCAUAUUUGUUUAUAAUAUCGUUUUUGGCCUAUUGUUACGUAUGGACGGGGUUUGUUUAGAGUUUUUGUGAAUUAUAUAUAUAUCGCUGAUUUAUCAGACCGAUUGAACACAUUAUAAUUAGGAGAUUAGGGCAACCGGACUAAAGAUGAGAAUUAAGGAAAUUGACAGAACAGCCAAUGUGGCAUGGUCACCAGUAGAUCAGUACCCUAUAUACCUGGCUACUGGAACAGCAGCUCAACAACUUGAUGCUACAUUCAGCACCACAUCAUCAUUAGAAUGUUAUAGCUUAAAUCUGGCAGAAGCAACAUUAGAUAUGCCUUUAGUUUGUUCAAACCAAUCAGAUUUCAGGUUUCAUGAAGUAUUGUGGGGAUCAUUUGGUAUUGGAACAUCAGAUUAUCCUGCUGGUGUGAUUGUUACUGGUGCUGAUAAUGGAGAUAUACAAGUAUUUAAUGCUGAUGCCCUGAUUAACCAAAGAGAAAAAAGUUUAAUAUAUACCCAGUCUAGACAUACCGGUGCUGUACGAGCUUUAGAUUUAAAUCCUUUUCAAGCAAACUUACUUGCAUCAGGUGGAGGAGAAUCAGAAAUUUAUAUUUGGGAUUUAAAUAAACCUGAAAAUCCCAUGACACCAGGACAGAAAUCUCAGCCAUUAGAAGAUGUAGCAUGUGUUGCGUGGAAUAGACAAGUACAGCAUAUCCUGGGUUCAACACUUACAGCUAGAUGUGUGGUGUGGGAUUUACGUAAAAAUGAACCCAUUAUCAAAGUCAGUGAUAGCAUGUCUAGGAUCAAGUGUAAACAACUAGCUUGGCAUCCUGAAGUAGCUACCCAGUUAAUGUUGUCAUCAGAAGAUGAUCAUACACCGGUUAUACAAUUAUGGGAUUUAAGAUAUGCCACAUCCCCACUUAAAGUUUUAGAAAAUCAUAAGAGGGGUGUUUUGUCUAUGGCCUGGUGUCCUCAAGAUCCAGAUCUACUUCUUAGCUGUGGUAAAGACAACAGAAUUCUCUGUUGGAAUCCAAACAGUAAUGUACAAGGAGGGGAGGUUGUUUAUGAAAUACCAACUAGUAAUCAAUGGUGUUUUGAUGUACAAUGGUGUCCUAGAAACCCAUCACUUAUAUCUGGUGCUACCUUUGAUGGUCAUAUUACUAUUUAUAGUUUAAUGGGUGGUGGACAUCCAAUACAGCCCAGUAAUAAGGUGGCCGAGUCGUUCAAUACUGUAGAACCAUUUGCCCAGGCACCAGUACCAGUUCCACAAGAACAAGACAAAGUAAUGCCUCUACAAAAACCACCAAAAUGGUUAAGAAAACCAGUAGGAGCUUCAUUUGCAUUUGGUGGAAAAUUAGUCAGUUUUAGUCAUACAAAGCCUCAGAAUCCACAACAGCCAGUACCAAAACAAGUAUUUAUAAGUCAAGUUGUAACAGAGACAGAAAUAAUCAACAGAUCUAGUCAAUUAGAACAAGCAACUAAUAAUAAUCAAUUCGUGGAAUUCUGUGCUAUGAAAGCCUCGAAUAGCGGUAACCGCAUGGAAGAAAGUAUUUGGAACUUUUUAAAGGUUAACUUUGAAAAAGAACCCAGAAAGGAGUUCUUACAGUUAUUAGGUUAUGACGAAAAUGAUCUGGCUGCAAAGGUAAAUAAUCAUACAGCAGCAGAAGCUGAGAGAAAUAAAGGUGUUGAUGCCUCUGAGUUGGCACAAAAAAUGUCUCAACUAGGAUCAAAUGAUCUUCUUGGUGUUAAUCUUCCGUCAAGUGGUCAAGCUUCUCCUAGUGUUGGAUCAAAGACACCUAAUGAUAGUCGUGAUGAAUUAUCUGAUGGAUCAGCAGCGUUUGAUGAAAUAGCUACAGCACAAACAUAUCCUGGUUUAAAAACACCUCUAGUUAUACCUAAAGAUAAUGAUGCUGAUGGAUUAAUGACACAAGCUUUACUAACUGGUAAUUUUGAAGCAGCUGUUGAUAUGUGCUUGAGUGAGAAUAAAAUGGCUGAAGCUAUAAUACUAGCUAUUGCAGGUGGUCAGGAAUUACUCAGCAGAACACAGAAAAUAUAUUUUAAGCAGAAUAAGAGCAAUCUAGGAAGAUUAAUAUCAUCAAUAGUUACCAAUGACUGGACACAUAUUAUUGAAACAUGUGAUUUAGAUAAUUGGAAGGAAGCUUUAGCAGUUAUAUUAACUUAUUCUAAACCUGAAGAAUUUUCUCCUUUAUGUGAUGCACUUGCAUCUCGUCUAGAAUCCGAGAAUAAUGGUAAACUAUCAUUAUAUGCCAGUCUAUGUUAUAUAUGUUCUGGUAAUAUAGAAAGACUUGUGGAAAACUGGAUACGUAACACAGAAAAUAAUAAUGAACCAUUAGCUCUUCAGGAUCUUGUGGAGAAAGUUAUGAUAUUAAGAAAAGCUGUGGCUGUAACAAGAGGAACUGUACCAGAGAUUGCUAGUGGACCAUUAGCUGAAAGAUUAAAUCAAUAUGCUGGUAUAUUAGCUGCUCAGGGUAACCUCUAUACUGCUCUAGGAUAUCUUAAAAAUGCUAGUGAGCCUAGUCUUGCCAUUUUACUAGAUAGAUUAUAUCAGGCAAUAAGUCAACCAAUACCUGGAAUGGCUCAGCCACAAUUCCCUUUCCAGAAAAUUAACUUACUUCCAGUUGGUGCCAGGCAACCACAGCAGCAACCACAGCAACCACAACAACAACAACAGCGUGGUAUACAGCAACGACAGCCACAGAGACAUUCACAUCAAACACAAGCGUCAAGUGGAUUCCAGACUACGACAACACCGUCAUCAAGUUAUUAUAACCCUGUAACUUAUCAACAACAAUAUCCAUCAAUGAAUGGACCUGCUAAUACACAGCCAACAUAUACACCAUACCAACCUGCUGUUAGUGCAGCUCCUGUACCUAAUAAAGGACCCUUGUCACAUAAAUAUCCCACUCCUAUACAGCCAACUAGUAAUUAUGGUAUGGAUACCUAUUCCCAGCCUAAUUUUAUGCAACCUCAGUAUCAACCAACAGCACCUUAUUCACAAAGUCAAAAUUAUUAUGAUUAUAAUGCACCAACAUCAGUAAACAAUCAACCAUCAAGUGUUUAUGAUCCUAUGGCAACUCCAGGUGGUCCAUACAAUCCACCACCACCACCUAACAUGACCGGACCAGUUGCACCAUCGUAUCAAGAUGUUAAAGCAGAUAAUGCCUGGAAUGAUCCUCCAUUAGUAAAAGAGAAAAAACAGCAGACUCCAAAAUAUGAUGGUCAAACGCCUACAUCCUAUUAUGGUGGUGUAUCUCAACAGUGUACAGAUCAAGGUCCUCCUGGUGCUCCUAAUUAUAGUAAUCUCUAUAAUCCACAGGAACAUCAAGUACAACAGAUGCCUGCUUCAUAUAACUAUUCAAAUAUACAGAAGGUGGCUGAACAGAAGCCUGCACCUGUACAAGAACCGCCUAAACCGGUAGUUAAAGCACCAAUACCACAAGAACAUCAAGUUAUAGAAGAUGUAUUUGGUAAACUAGUCAAUAAUUGUUUACAGGCUGCUAGUAAUGCCCAAAUGAAGAGAAAGUUAGAAGAUGUAUCUAGAAAAUUAGAAAUAUUAUAUGAUAAAUUACGUGAUUGUACUUUAUCUCAAAAUGUAUUGAUGGGAUUACAUCAGAUUAUUCAGUAUAUACAACAAUAUGAUUAUACUACCAGUCUAGCUGUUUAUACACAGAUGAUUAGUCAGGGCAACUUCUCAGAAAUCAGUGCCUUUAUGCCUGGUGUUAAAGUUCUACUCCAAACAGCUACACAACUACAAGUUUAUCUUCAAUAAAACUAGGACUAAAAAUAUAAUACUUUUAUCAAUUGAUUAUGACAUGUAUAUUAAAGAUCCAAAGCAACAGAUGGCCAAUACUCAUUUUCCUUAUUUGAAUUUUCAAAAAUAAGUUCUCUAUAGAUACCAAUGAUUAAAACAAUGUACAUAUGUAAAAUGCCAUCAUGACAUGUUCAGGUAUCAGCUGUCUAAGAAACAUGAUACUGCAAACAAUAACAAUGAUCUGAGAGAAAGGCAAAAUGGUGGUAUUAACUCAGUAGAAAUUAAUGGCCAUAAGUUCUGUUAGGAUUGAUCAGUCUAUAUUUGCCUUUUAGUGUGGAAUAGUGUAAUUAUAUCUGUAGAAAUUAUAAAACGUAUGAAAUCAAUAAUUAUUUUUAAAAAAUCAACAUUGCAUUUGUCUGUGCUUCUCAUAUCAGCUUAGUCCAAAUGAAAUCCCAUGAUAUUUAUUAAGUUUAGCUAAAUUGUACAUUAUCAACUACAGUAUCUAUUUCUGUUAUUGUACAAUACCAGCUAAUGUGAAAAUAAGUCUUGUGUGACAUUUGUUCUUAGCUAUAUUUUACAUAAGCUGACAAUUCUUUGUUCUGUUAUUGUAUAUGCCAAAGUGGAAAUGGUCUCCUGUAUUCAUUAUAACCAUGUAUGAAAAUUGAUAAUUGUAAAUAAACAUGUAUCUUAUUCAAUCUGUUAUUGUACAUGUAAUUUUAUGUAUUUUGUACAUUCUGUUAUUUUUGUUAUAUCUUCCAUUACCCUGGUUUUGAAGCCCCAUGUUCAAAUGGUAGAUUGGAUCUUUUUAUGCAAGCACAUCAAUAAUAAUAGUUCUUUAAUCACCUGUUUCAGUAAAUGGAACUAAUCAUUAGAAUGGUUGUAAACUAGAUUUACUUGAUCUACAGUUGUUUAUUACUUCAGUAGAAUUUGAUGAGUCAUGAUCUUCAAAAUUUAAGAAAUGGGAUACGGUUGUUCUGAUUUGGAUAUACAUAUUAUCACUCUGUUACAUUCACUUAAUUAAAUAGUUAAUGCGUUUAUUUUUUGGCACGGUGUUAUUUCAUAAUCAGGGCACAUGAAGAUACUGUUAUUACUAAAUGUAUAGGAUAUUGUUUGUGUGCAUAGUAAUUCUUGUUGCAAGAACUUUAUUUACUAUAAUCAGAUUUAUUUGAUGUAUUCAACAUAUAUUUAUUUAUAAUUACAUAUGUGUAUGAAUACAUUAUUAUGUAAUAUAUUUCAUCUCAUUUCAAAUUAUCUGUAGAACAUUGUAUACUGCCAUUUAGCAGAUGCAUAAACAGUAAUCAGUCUACUACACCUGCAUUUUUCAAGUCAUUUAAAACAAAAAGAAACUGAAUCAAAUAGCUUAGCAAAUUUACAAAUUGAAAGUAUUUUAUUCAAGAUAAUUUAAUUUAUCAUGACUUUAUAGUAAUCAAUACUGGUAGUGGACAAGCACAGAGAAGAAAUGUAAGAAGUAGUAUUACAUGUAAAAUUUGUAAUGUUACUGAAUGUCGAGAAGAUAAUAUAUAAUUAUAUAAAUAAAAUAUACUGAUAAUAAAAGACUAGUUGUAA